AACGUUUUUAUUAAAAURUACUGACGAGGGYGUUUUCCUAAACCRAAAUGCAUUGUUGGUUGCUCUAUCGCAGUUAAUGGGGAGUUGUGCCUUCAGAGUAACUAUACAACCUCCUUACAAUCAAUCACUUCAUCCAUUGAAAGCAAGGAUGGYAAAUCGGUUAAAAUGAUUGUCUAUCACUUUGUUUCCGGUUUGAUUUCCGGACUCCUUCUCGUCGUCGUCCGUUUUGUUUUCAAGAUGARACGAUGAUUUUCUUCCUUCAGUCAUAAACUAGAAGACAGCGUGGGUAGCAGGGACUGUAGGAAUGGCCAGACAAGUUUCUUGUCACUGGUUCAGAAAAGACUUACGUUUGCACGACAACCCUGCUCUUUGCGAGUCCCUUGCAAAUUCCGACGAGUUCUAUGCCAUCUACGUCCUGUCCCCUUUCUUCAACAAGUCGAUUGUGUCGCAGAGGAAAAAGAACUUUCUUCUUCAGAGUCUCAAGGUGCUGGAAGAAAACCUCCAAAAGUUGGGAUCUAAGUUGAUUGUUGUCCAAGGAAAUCUGUUGCAGGUUUUCCCGUUCAUUCUGAAACACUUUGGUAUCACCAAGUUGACAUUUGAAACGGCGUGCGAUAGAUAUGGAAGACAAAACGAGAAAGUGGUCGAGCAUCUUGCACGUGAAUUAGGAAUCCAGGUGUCUUCGUUUGCCUCUCAUACCCUGUUUGAGGUUGAUGAAGUAGUUCAAGUAUGUGGAGACAGCAUCCCAGUGCUGUUUGAAGAAUACCUUGACGUUGUGGCACAACUUCAAACCCCUAGCAAGCCAUACCCCAAAGUUUGUAAAACCCCAGCAUACAACAUCGAAAAACUGCUCGAUGAGACUUUGGUUGCCCAGAUGUAUCAUCUCAAUGAUGUACAGAUGUCUGGUGAGCUAGUUGGAGGGGAAGACAAUGGACUGAUGAAACUUGAAGAAUAUCUAGAACAGCAAUUGAAAACCCAUCUUGGAAAGUGCGAUAAGAUCACCGAGGCAUUCAUUUCUAGAAAAGGUUGCAUCGAGCCCUAUAUAAGUUUUGGUUGCCUAUCCCCAAGGACAGUGUACCAUUCUAUCAAGGAACACUAUGAAUUGUCGAUGAAUGCACUCAACGAUUUGAGUCCUAAAGCUAUGUUUUCAAUCUUGUAUUGGAGAGAGUUUUUCUUCAUGCUAGCGAGCCAGAAUGACAACUUCUUCAAAAAUUCAAACAACAUGUGUUUGGAUAUCAAAUGGAAGGAGGACACAAAGAAAUUAAACCAAUGGAAACAGGGAAACACUGGAUUUCCGCUUAUUGAUGCGAUCAUGCGUCAGCUAAGACAAGAAGGGUGGAUCAACAGCACAGCACAAGAUAUCGUUUGUCGUUUUCUUACAACCAAAGGACUGUGGAUCAGUUGGGACAAAGGAUUCAAAACAUUUGAUGCGUUACUUUUGAAUUCGCAAUGGAGUCUCGUAGCAGGAAGUUGCAUGUUGUCUUCCCAAAGCUCCUUCUUCAAGAAGACGAUUCCGUUGGGGUUUUGUCCGGUUAAAGAAGCAAAGAGAUUGGAUCCAAAUGCGGAAUAUAUCAAGAAAUACGUCCCAGAAGUACGUGGACUUCCCCUUAAGUAUAUUUUCGAGCCAUGGAAGACACCAGAAAGCAUUCAACKCUCAUCAGGAUGCGUGCUUGGAAUCCACUACAAAAAGCCAAUUAUCAAUCUCGAGGAAGAGAUCACAACACUCCAAGAAAAUCUUCAAGAUAUAAGCAGAGCAAUUCAAAUUSAGAGAGACAAAAAUAAAGYGAAUAGCAUCCAUUGGUUCCGCAAGGAUCUCAGAUUGCACGACAACCCGUCCUUACUCACAGACGACGUGAAGAGCGCCGGCGGUGGUCACAUUCCACUUGAGCUUCAAGAGUUUCUUCAAUGCGUCCAUACCUUAGGCCGUCCCACGCCUCCCAAACAUCCUGUGGACAGGUCCACUUUAAUGAGAUGUGCGCCCCCUAAGGACUUCUCUUCUUCCCAAUUUGAUUUACCCAAAUUGUUGGAGUUCGGUGUGAAAGAUCGAAAGGCAGCCACCGCUCGGAGAUUCUGGAAGGGAGGGGAAAUUGAGGGUUUGAGAAGAUUGGACAUUUCUUUGAAGAGAGUUGUAGAGAGAAACUUCAAGAAAGACAAUAUUACUAUUGAAGAUAUGCUCCCUUCAGAGACCCACCUAAGCCCUUACUUAAGAUACGGAUGUUUAUCUGCACGGAUGCUUUACCAUCGUCUUGCAGCCUCUUAUGUUUCGGUAAAGCAAGAAGAUCCUCCAAACUCGUUGUUUCUGAACUUGCUGAAACGCGAACACUUUCUKCAAAUUGCAAGCGAAAACGCCGGCAUCCAUAGAAUGACUGGCAAUGAAUUGAGUCUACAGCUUCCUUGGGAAGAUCACAACUAUUCUUUAUUCAGAUGGAAGCAGGGAACCACAGGAUUUCCGUGGAUUGAUGCAAUAAUGCGUCAACUUCGACAAGAAGGAUGGAUCCAUAACUUUGCGCGCGAGGCAGUGGGCUGCUUCCUGACUCGUGGCUGCCUGUGGAUAAGCUGGGAGGAAGGAUUCAAAGCUUUUGACGAGAUGCAGCUGGACGCCGAGUGGGGUAUGAACGCCAACUGUUGGAUGUGGCUGUCCUGCAGUAGUUAUGUGCAGGGUUCUGUCCCUUGGUAUUGCCCAGUUGAAGUUGCAAAGAAGUUUGAUCCUGAUGCGCAAUAUAUACGGAGAUACGUUCCAGAGGUACGUCGUCUUCCUAAAAAAUACAUCUAUGAGCCUUGGAAGGCUCCACAAAGGGUACAAGAAGCAGCUCGAUGCGUCGUGGGAUUUGAUUAUCCAGAACCCAUGUGUGAUCAUAUAAAACAAAGAGAAAUAUGUGUCCAAAAACUAAGUGAGCAUAGCAAACGACUGACCACACCAAUAGUAACUGGUGAGAUAGUACAUCCACUGAACAACGACGUCUUAAAACAUUGCGAUGGGGAUUAUCAUGCGACUGAGAGGGAGUGAGAAGGUUAAGGAGUUUUUUAACUAAACAGACAUUAAAAUAAAUAGGGAUUAUCGAUAUACAGAAAAUAUAUUUCGAAGCACGAAGGCGCUGGACGUUAAACUUGAUGUAAUGAUUUAAUGUAAGGUUUUGUUUCAAUGUUUAAAGUGACUUUCAGUGGGAUCAGUAUGUUAAAAACGCAUUGCUAGUCGACUUAUAUACAGUCACUUUCGACCAUGUUUGAUGUCAAUACAACUAUCUUAGUAAAAAUCACUUGCUAAACAAUGACCAUAAAAUAUCAAAGCCACAUAAAAGAACUGAUCAUAAAUAACUAGUGUGUCAUCAAAGUGUAAUGCCUAUAAAAUAUGAUAGAAAAUAAAUAUUAAUUAGAGGAUCGUAA